UAUGUACAACAGUUGGUUCUAAGACCUUAAAAAAUAUGCGACGAUUUAGUAAGUUCUUAUUAUUUCUCAUCUGGAAAUAUUCAUGUCUAGACGUUGUGGAAACAAAGUGCCCAUUUGUGUGUGUACAUGAUGAUAGUAACUGCUAUCUGAUUUAUACGGAAAGUGGUAAAUGGUACUACAAGAAUGCGGAAAAUUCUCCCAAAGAAAUCGACGUGCACUUUUCGUCGGCAUUGUGCUACAAAUUCAUCCGAGGAUCAUCAAGACAGCAAUCGGCUUAUAACGCUCAAAUUGAAUGCAAACAACAAGGAGGAAACAUUGCAGUAAUAAAAAAUGACCAGCAGUACAAUCAGUUGGUAGAGAGUGUUCUUCAGACAUUGCCUGUAUAUCAAGAAAGUUAUUUCAACGUACACCUAGGGGAAAUAAACGUAGGGACGUGUGCUAAAGUUUCAAUAGAAGACGGGGCACUAAACUUGUUUAAUUCUGAAAAACUUGAAAAGAGCGACUGCAACAAAAAUCAGUCUAUUAACUCUCUUAUGUGCGAGGCUACUACAGAUUUAACCGAUACAUUACGUCCUACACCAAAAAUGAAUUUAUUGCCAACUACAAGUAAAACAACUGCAGACAGUAUUACAAACUUUUAUGUUGAACCAAUGGAAGAAGAUCAAGUAAAGACACCACGCCUAUAUAUUUUAAUACCACUUCUCAUAUUAGUGUUUCUAAUUGCCGUGUCAAGUUUGUUCAUCUGUUGUCAAAGAGGAAUGCGGAAAAGACGUUGCAGUCGUCACAACGAUCAGCUAGCCUUAUCAGGAGUCUCGGAUGAAAAUAUCAAAAGAAAUGAUGUUGGCGACGCAGUGCAAUCAAAUGUAGAAAAUCUUCUUGGAAGUCACAAUGCUGUGGAUAUGCAAAGAAGUGGAGACGAAGUAGAAAAUGAGUACUACACCUCGCCAACUGCUGGAAAUGACAUCCAAGUCCAAUACUGA